AUGUGUCCUCAGAAGAUGCGCUCACCUUCGUCGUGUCGUAGGAGUGGUCAAACACAAAAACAUUGUAACGAUUUAGCAAUUUUGGCUCUUGUCGCUGCCGUCGCUGCAGCCCCUCAGAGCAACCCUGAAGAGAUUCAGAUCCUUCGUUAUGAGAGCGACAACGAUGGGUUGGGCACUUACCAUUUUGCUUACGAACAAAGCGAUCACUCAGCACGUGAAGAACAGGGGGAGUUAAAGAAUUUCGGUGGUGAAGAAGAGGAGGCAGUCGUGAUGCGUGGCUCAUACACUUGGUUAGGUCCUGACGGUGUCAAUUACACAGUUAACUACGUCGCUGAUGAAAACGGUUUCCAGCCCACAAUUGAUCAAGGACCCGGAGGUGCCGUCCCAGCGGGAGUAGUAGCAUCCCUCCUUGGUUGA